UUGUAGAAGUGAUGAAGCAUCUACAUUUCAUUUUUAUAAUUUCAUGUGUCUUUUGUGCACUUAAUCAAGUACAAGGCCAAAAUAAUCUGCCACAAAACGCGACAAAUAAUACUAAGAGUACCCCUAAGCCAAGUGACAGUGUCAGUCCAAGUAAGAAAAACGAAUCGAAUGUAAAUGAACCGCAGUUGCCGCUAAAUAAGACAACUAAUACUGAGAGUACCCCUAAGCCAAGUGACAGUGUUAGUCCAAGUGACAAAAACGAAUCUAAUGUAAAUGAACCGCAGUUGCCGCAAAAUGAGACAACUAAUACAGAGAGUACCCCUAAGCCAAGUGACAGUGUUAAUCCAAGUGACAAAAAUGAAUCUAAUGUAAAUGAACCGCAGUUGCCGCAAAAUGAGACAACUAAUACAGAGAGUACCCCUAAGCCAAGUGACAGUGUUAGUCCAAGUGACAAAAAUGAAUCGAAUGUAAAUGAACCCCAAGUGCCGCAAAAUGAGACUACUAAUGAGAAAAAUGAAACCAAAGAACAGCCACCAACCAAAGAAUGUAAUUGUAAAAAUGAAAUCAAACCAUCACCACAACCACUACCGUGCAAAGAAAAUAAACCACCAUCACCACCACCAGAAGAAACAAAUCAAGGAAAAGAAGAAGAGAGUGGUAUUUUAAACGACUUGACGACUUGGGUAUUGUAUGUACCUAAUGAGGUAUGGUCGUUAUGCAACAGUGGUAUAGAUUAUAUGACAGAUUCUUUUGAAUAUUAUAUUUGGGAUAUUUGGUAUUAAAUAAAUCUUACUAUU